AAAGGGGAGGAGAUUUUCCUUAUCCUCCUGAUGCCGCUUCUCAUGCGCCUCUCCCCACCGGCGGCGGCGCCGUCGCCGCCGUACCGGCGAAGCUCCGGCGGAUAUAUUAGACGAGCCAACGCCGUCCUCUACGAGACCUCUGAGCGAGUGUUUCCUUUAGCUAGAUGUGCCUCCUCAUCAACUGACCACGCUCGUACUAGCAGCAAUGACUUCGAUAUAGCUAAUGGACAUGGUCAUUUUCUUAUCAAGUCUACAUCUGAUCUUCAGACAGCUGUAUCUUCUUGUUUCGGGAAAGCAUUUGUUGUCAGCAGUGCUGUCAUGCUUGUUCUGCCACCCAGCUGUUUCGCAGAGCAAUGUGAGCCGGGGUACUCUCUUCCUAACAUGCCCCUGCUGUUUGCAAUAGCCAUGGUCGGCGCUACUGUCGGAGGGCUCCUUGCGAGACAAAGGAAAGGAGAGCUUAAAAAACUGAAUGAUCAACUACGUCAGAUAAACGCUUCACUGAGAAGACAAGCCAAGAUCGAAUCUUAUGCUCCUGCUUUGAGCUAUGCACCAGCUGCUAGUAAGGUGCCAGAAUCAGAAGUUAUUGUUGAUCCUCACAAACAGCGCCUAAUUACAUAUCUGAGGACUGGGAAGAACUACCUGAGAAACCAAGCCCCUGACAAGGCAUUUCCUGAGUUUAAGGCAGCUCUUGAUCUUGCACAAUCUUUGGGUGAUCAUGUCGAAGAGAAGAAGGCUGCACGAGGAUUAGGAGCAUCAUUACAAAGACAAGGAAAUUACAAAGAAGCAAUAAAGUACCACUCCAUGGUACUCAGCAUCUCCAAGAUGACCGGAGAGGAUUCGGGUGUCACUGAGGCGUACGGAGCAAUAGCCGAUUGCUACACCGAACUUGGUGAGCUCGAGAAGGCAGGCAAGUUCUACGACGAGUACAUUGCAAGAUUGGAGAAUGACUAAAACCAAGGGUGAGUGUGUAUAUUACCUGCGAGAGCACAAACACGGCUAAUCUUUUCGUUCUUCAGUAGCCAUGUGAUGUAUUGUAGAUGUGCAGUUCCCGGCUUUAAAUUCUGGAUUAUUACUAUUGUAACUUUGAAGUUCUUUUUGCUCAGUAAUAAUGUGAGAUUUUGUUUGGGCCA